AUGGCGACGCAGCGAGCGCUGGCAGACGGUAAGAGCGAGGCCCUCCGGCCAGGAAAUGUGCGGGUCGCCAUUAUACGCAGCUACACACCGCUCGCGCUGCAGAGCGCGGCGCUGGUCGCAGUCGCCGGGAUGUCACCAUACACGGAGUGCCAGUCCAGGGACGGGGGCGCCGUCCCGGCCUCCCGUCCCCAAAGGACGCCGUCGCCGCCGCCGCUGCCGGUGCCGUCGUUUCGCGCAGAGGGUUCCCUGGGGGACCCGCCGGGCUCUCAUAUUUCCGCAACGCCACCGACGUCGACGCCGACGCCGCGGCCGCACCCACCCGGCGCGGCGCCCAUUGUGUGCGGCGGCCCCCCCCCCCCCUUCUCACUCCUCCCUCGUGCAUCUGUCGGCACGACCUGCCGUCCACCAGCGCUCCUUGCCAACCCCGGCACCGCCUCCAAUAUUUAG